AUGGCUUCCAAAAGAAAAACAAGUGAAUCAGUCUCUGAUAAAUCAAGUAAAGUAGCUAAAGUACAAACACCAUUGGAAGAACUUGUUGUACAGAAACAAAAUGAAAAUAUGAAAAUUGUAGAGGAGGUAGAUAAAAAUAAAAAUGAAGAAGAAAAGGAAAUAAAUGAUGAAGAUGGAGAUGAUGAAGAAACUGAAAAUGAUAAAGAAGAUAAGGAGGAAGGUGAAAAAGAAAGUGAGGAAGGAGAUGAAGAGGAUGGAGAUGAAAAUGAAAGUGAUGAAGGAGAUGAUACUGAAAGUGAGGAAGGAGAUGAAGAUGUUGUCAAAAUUUUUAAUAUUGACAAGUUUCAGGUAGAGAUGCCUAUAGAUGACCCUACAAAUUUGACAGGUGAUUUUGUUGUAAAAUCAGCCAUGGGUGCCAAAUUUGAUGCUUUUAGAACGAUAUUGAUGAAUGAAAAGUUGGAGGAUUUCUUUAAAUCUAGUUGUUUUGAAUACUUUCUUGAUCUGCCGGAGGCUAACAAUGCACGUUUUCAAAUGAGCAUGGUGUAUGAUCUUCUCAAGCGCAGGAUCAAGUAUAAGGGAGCUGAUGAUGAUGCUUUGGAGAAUAAGAACAAGAAAAUGGAUGAGAUUUGGAUAAACUACUGUGGCAUGCCAGUUUGUUUUGGCAUGAAAGAAUUUGCCAUAGUGACUGGACUGAGAUGUCAUCCUCCUUCUGAACCUCUUCCUAAAGUUGCGCGCUUAAGAAAGCCAAGAGAAAAAAAGAUAUCUAAAUCAGUCAAGGUUGCCAAGAAAGGUAAAAAGCCAGUCAAGACAGUCAACACCAAAACCAACAAAGGCAAAGAAAAACUAAAUAAUGAAAAUGAGUUGUUGGCUAUUAUUGGACCUAGUUAUAAAGCCAAAGAUUUGAUAGAAGAUCUCCAAAGCAAAAAGGUUUUGAAGAAGCACAAAGAGCGAUUGUGCUUAGUUUGGUUUGUGCAUGCCAUUUUAUGGGCUAAAGACAUCAACAAUGUCAUAGAUCUUAGUUUGUUUGUGCUUGCUCAAGAUUUGGAUGCAUUCAACAAUUACCCAUGGGGUAAUAAUAGUUAUUUCUUGACUGUCAAGUAUUUGAUGUCAAAGUUAUCACCGAAGACUAACAAUUUAUAUGGCUUUCCUUGGGCUUUCAUGGCUUGGGCAUUUGAAGCAAUACCUUACCUCAGGAAGCAAUUCAAUGAUUACUCGAAAGAAAUUUCUCAGCCAAGGAUUCUUAGGUGGUUGUCUGCCAAGAACAACCCAAAAAUAAAUUAUGUUGAUCUCUUCGAUCUUCCUCAUGAUAUAAUGGGUCAUCUGUUGGAAGAAAACAUAAGAGUUUGCUACUGUUUUGAUUUUGCCCAACAAAUGACUGAUCUGUUGCAAUAG